GUGUGUUCCGUGUGCUUCCCUUCGAGAAAAGUUGGAAUCUCUUUGGCUCUUCAGUCUUGCCCUGGCUCUGGUCAGAAACGAAAACCGAAGCAGCCCAAACCCCGAGUGAGUGAGUGGAAAGGUGUGAAAACGGAUCUAAAAGGAUCGUGUUCGUGUUCAAGGCGGCACUAUGUGGGCGUUCAAAUAUGUUUUAUGUGCCCUGACAUGCGUUGCAUUUGCUGCAGCGGCACCUGAGGACUGUGAGGUGGCGCCAUUGGUGAGGCAUGCCACGGCAAAGAUGGCGUUGAAUGAUGACACCAUCACUGCCAUCUACAACUGCAAGGCGGGCUUCGAGCUGAGGGGAGCGGCGGAGCUCAUCUGUAACGCGGAGACAGACAAGUGGCAAGGAGAGCCACCCACUUGUGUGAAGGCUUCUGCAGUGUCGGAGCGCAAGAAGAGGGUUCUGGCCAUACCGGAGGAGCCGAAAGUGCCCCUGCCUAUGGCUGCGAUACUGGACAUGAGCUGCAUCGAGGCAAAGGUCAUGGCCCCCGAGAUCAGCCACGGUCUCGUGGUCAAGUACGAGCGUCGCCGCAGGGGCGAGAAGAUCUUCCUCGUGGCCUACUUUGCCUGCAAUGAGAACUACGAGUUCGAGUCCCUGGAAAACUCAGCCAUGUACUGCCACGAGAAGCAGUGGGUGGGUGAGCUGCCCACAUGUAUUCCCCUGGUGGAGUACACCGAUGCGGAUCUCGAGGACGAGGACUACGAUGAGUACGAGACCAUCACUAAUGGCGAUGGCAACACAGAAGACUUUGGUGAAGGUGAGACAAAGGUGACUGAGAACGAACCGCCGCCACCACCUCCGCCGCCAGUCGAAGAGGAAGUCGUGGAGUCCGUGGAGGAGUUAACACUCACAGCGCCUGUGGAGCUCCCAGUGGUAGCCGAGCCACAGCCAGAAGCGAUUGAUGAACCACAACCUGAGCCAGAAAUUGUGGUGCGAGUCGAUGAAGCGGAACCAGCUGAAACUCCCCUUGAACCUGAAGUCAAGGUUGAAGAAUUAGCCGUCACCGAAGACAGUGCUGUGGUUGAGCCCACCAAAGAUCCCUAUGCCCCUCGAUUCCUGGACGAGGACUGCGGCGAAGAUCGCGGAGGCUGCGAGCACAUAUGCAGCCGCCUCUUGUAUCCGGACGAGAAUGAACCCGUCCUGAAGUGCAGCUGCCGUGAAGGCUACACCCUAGAUCCGAGCGACUAUGUCAGCUGUCUUGAUAUUGAUGAGUGCCAGGAGUCGAAUGGCGGCUGUUCAGAGAUCUGCAACAAUCUGCCGGGAAGCUUUCAGUGCGCCUGCCAGCAGGGCUACCAAAUAGAUACCUCAACGGGAAAGACUUGCGUGGACAUUGACGAGUGCGCCAAUGCGGAAUUAUCUGGCGACUGUCAAAAUGGUUGCGAGAACUUGCCCGGAUCUUAUCGCUGUGUGGUGCCAUUGGUCACCCAGGAGGAGGCCGCCACUGCAGUGUCCGAGCCCACGGAGGAGGAUAACGAGAUCCCAGUGGAAGUGGAACCCAGCAGCACCAAGGUGAAGUGCAACCCUGGGUUCCAGCUCUCGCCCGAUGGCAGCGAGUGCCAGGACAUUGACGAGUGCAAAAUCGAGAACGGCGAGGAAGAGCCUCACCUCUGCCAGCAAGAGUGUCACAACACCAUCGGCUCCUAUCGCUGCGGCUGCCAUCCGGGCUACCAUCUGCUAGAGGAUCAGCAGAGCUGCGCCCUCGACGGUUGCGAGGACCUGGACAAUCCCAAACUGAAUCGCACUCGCUGUGCGCACGAGUGCGAGGACCUGCCCGAUGGCCAGUACAAGUGCAAGUGCCCCCAGGGCUACGAUCUGGCCGAGGAUCGGCACAGUUGUGUGGUGGCCGAGUCGCCCUGCACCACGGAGCACGGCCACGACAGCUGCCGGCCGGGCAGCUGUGUGCCCAGCGAGGACAACAGCAGCUUCAGCUGCCUCUGUCCCCCUGGCUACACGAGCGAGCUCUUCAGUUGCCAGGACAUCGACGAGUGUGCAGAGGAAAGCCAUCUGUGCAGCCACAGCUGUUUCAACACCGACGGUGGCUACCAGUGUCUGUGUCCUGUGGGUCUGACCCUCGUCGAGGAGUUCACGUGCGUGGCCGAGGAUCUGUGCGAGGUCAACAACAAUGGUUGCGAGCAGAUCUGCCUCACGGCUCGAGGCGGGGCUUGCUCCUGUCGCGACGGCUUCCGCCUCGGCGCAGACGGCAAGAGUUGUCAGGACAUUGACGAGUGUCUGGUGGAGAACGGUGGCUGCCAGCAGGUGUGCCGCAAUCUGCCAGGUACCCAUGCCUGCGCCUGCGAGCGCGGUUACGAGCUGUCCGCCGACGCCAGGAGCUGCCAGGACAUAGACGAGUGCGCCGGACUCCUCUCGGGCGGCUGCACCCACGAGUGCAUAAACAAGAAUGGCAGCUUCGAGUGCGGCUGCCCCUUGGGCUACAUCCUUGAGGAGGACAAUCGCAGCUGUCGCCCCGCCCUGGUUGGCUGUCCACCUGGCAGUCAGCAGACCUCCGAUGGCUGCGAACCUAUCAAAUGCGGCCUGGGCCUCCUGCUCGGUGCAGAUGGCAGCUGUGUGGACGUCGACGAGUGCCAGUUGAACAACGGCGGCUGUUCGCAUCGUUGUGAGAACAGCCAGGGCUCCUUCCAGUGCGCCUGCCCAGCCGGCUACCAGCUGGACGGCGAUCUCAGGACCUGCCAGGAUGUGGACGAGUGUUCGCUGGACACGGAGAGCUGUGUGGCUGGCAGCUGUGUCAAUGAGCCUGGCGGUUUCCGGUGUGAGUGUGGCCUCGGUAAGAGGCUCUCCAUCGAUGGCAGGACCUGCCUGGAUGUGCCUCAACCACCGAGGGCCUCGCCUAUUCCCGAGCUACCCAAAGCAAAUCCAUUUCCCACGUUUCCCGAGCUGCCCAAAGCUCGUCCAGACGAGCGCCUGACACCUGCUCUUCCCGUGUUACCCAAAGCGAAUCCAUUUCCCACAUUUCCCUCGCUAAACAAGGCGCCAAAGUAUCCGUCUGCAGCUCCGGAAGCCCCAAGGUUACCUUCGUUUGUAUCAGUAAACACCAGACUUCCCCAGAUCCCUCGGAUUCCCUGGGUGAGUCCGUCCCAGCCACAACCACGGGAUGCCUGUCCUCGCUUCCAGGCGCCGGUGAACGGCAAAGCUCGCUGCAAUAAGUAUCGCCACAAGCGCACCCAAUUCUACAACAGCCGCUGCAGAGUCACCUGCAAUCCCGGUUUCACCCUCCAAGGAUCGGAGAUCAGGAGCUGCGGAUCCGCUGGUAUUUGGGAGGGCCAGGAGAACAAGUGUGUGCCUCUUGUUCAGCGUCGUGUGCAGAUAUGUCCUGCCCUGAAACCGGCCGCCAAUGGUUUCAUCUCACCAGCCAGCUGUACGCAGGGGCCCUCCAGAAUUGGGACCAUCUGCCGCCUGCAGUGCAACUCCGGCUUCUUGCCCACUGGACCUAUGCUGGCCAAUUGCAUGGGCCUUCAGGGCUGGUCCUUCGGAUCCCAACUCAACUGUCAGCCAUUCGGCAUGAGUUUCUUCAACAACAACCAGCUUCCCUGGAUCCGAUCGCAGUCUCUGCAGAACGUGCCCCCCGUACAGCAGGCAGCACCAAGAGCUCAACCCUACAUCAAGUGUCCUGAGAAUGUGGUCAUCCUGCUGCAUCGCGGCGAGGUCAAGGCUCACGUGACGCUGCAGAGGCCCCAGACGAAUGUGGACUACCGAUAUGUGGCUGUGUCUCCCGCCUGGGCCAAGCAGCUGGAGGCUCACCUUCCUGCUGGUGUCCACAAGAUUGCUUUCCGCGCUCAGCACCCACAGACGAUGCAGAGUGCCGCCUGCCAGACGAUCAUCACCAUCAAGGCGGCGCCAACGACACAGUCGAAUCUGUUCACAUUCUCAUCCGCUCCAGUUCAGAGUCAUUCAGGAUUCUCCAGAACUGCUGCAUUUCCCACAUUUUCCUCUCGGUCUUCAGCGCCUGCACCCGCACCCGCACCCGCACCGUUUCCCACAUUUUCCAGGUCCUCUCAAUUUGCCAGACUAUCUGCACUUCCGGAACCUUCGGCACCACCUGCCCCCGUGUCGUACCCAAAACUAGAGUCAGAGAAGCUUGCCAGUGCUGCUCCUGAGCGCACUGAGAGCUUCCGGGUGGACCUGGGCUCGGAUACAUCCAACUACUGCCCACCCUCGAUCGAGGUUCAUCUGAAGGAGAACCAGAAUCUGCGAUCAGUUGUCUGGGAAGAGCCCCGUUUCGAGGGCAAACUGUUGAAGAUCUUCAAGUCCCAUUUCCCUGGGGCCCUGUUCAGGCUGGGCAAUCAUGCCAUCAAAUACGAGGCCACCACCACCGAUGGUGUGACCCUGAGCUGUAGUUUCCACAUUCAUGUGAAGGCUGCCAAGCCCGCACCUGCACCUGCACAGCCAGAUAUAGCCUUUCCCGAGUCCGAGUCGGCGGCAGCACAACUUAGGGAGAAGCCAGCCUCCAGCAGCAGUCUGUUCGAUGGCCACGGGUCCUAUGUGGUCUGUCCCGAUAAAGAGCCAGUUCGAGUGACGGCCCACCAAUCCGUCAACCUGCCCGUGGGCUGCACUCUGAAGAACGUGCGCCCGCAAACGAGUCCCCAGACGCAAGUGAAACGCGGCACCCUCACCUCGCUCUGGCAUCGAUACAACACAAACUUCUAGAGCCCACUACUUAAGCUAUAAACUAUCUUCUCAUAGGAGCAGAGAGGCAAACGAGAAGAGUGGGAGGAAUACCAUUGGAGGCGCCAUUGAUGCAAAUACUUUUGUAAAUCUUUUUAA